UUUUUUACACAGGAAGAUGGAUCAAAAUGAGGUGGGGAAAUGUGCAUUGGGUAAUCACUUGCUAUGUAGCCAGAGAAGGCGAAGUCAAAUAUUGAUCAUUUUCCAGAGCUUAUUACUGAAGUUACCCCUCUGACAUCAAGAAUGGACAUAAGUUAACAAUGACGGGAGAAAAGAAGAAGAAAAAGCGGCUGAACCGCAGCGUUCUUCUGGCUAAGAAAAUUAUUAUAAAAGAUGGAGGCAGUGAAGUGGACGCGUCUGCAUUCCUCCCUACACAUGUAAAAGGAUUGGAUUGGUGUUGGCGUGGCCCCAGGGGAUGGGUGAUCCAAGCGUCUAUCAUGCUGUGGUGGUGAUCUUCCUGGAGUUCUUUGCCUGGGGGCUUCUUACCACGCCCAUGUUAACGGUCUUACAUCAAACAUUCCCUCAACACACAUUCCUGAUGAAUGGGCUUAUUCACGGUGUCAAGGGUAUUUUGUCAUUCCUGAGUGCUCCUCUGAUUGGUGCGCUGUCAGAUGUAUGGGGUAGGAAGUCCUUCCUGCUGCUAACAGUCUUCUUCACCUGCGCCCCCAUCCCCCUCAUGAAGAUCAGCCCAUGGUGGUACUUUGCAGUCAUUUCCAUGUCUGGUGUGUUUGCCGUCACCUUCUCUGUGAUCUUUGCGUACGUGGCGGACAUCACGGCAGAACACGAGAGGAGCACAGCCUAUGGUUUGGUGUCCGCUACCUUUGCAGCCAGCCUAGUGACGAGCCCGGCCAUUGGAGCGUACCUGUCGGAGACGUACGGUGACACCCUGGUAGUUAUCCUGGCUACGGCCAUCGCCAUACUGGACAUCAUUUUCAUCCUGGUGGUCGUCCCUGAGUCGUUGCCCGAGAAGAUGAGACCAGCUUCCUGGGGAGCACCCAUCUCCUGGGAGCAGGCUGACCCCUUCGCUUCUCUGCGGAAGGUGGGCCAGGAUUCCACGGUGCUUCUCAUCUGCAUCACAGUGUUCCUGUCUUACCUGCCUGAGGCCGGACAAUACUCCAGCUUCUUCCUCUAUCUCAGACAGGUACAAAGGUUCAGUUCAGAGACAGUAGCUGCCUUCAUAGCUGUGGUGGGCAUCCUCUCCAUUGUUGCUCAGACGAUGGUUCUGGGGAUUCUGAUGCGCUCCAUAGGGAAUAAGAACACUAUUCUACUGGGCCUAGGCUUCCAGAUACUACAGCUGGCCUGGUACGGCUUCGGAUCUCAACCAUGGAUGAUGUGGGCAGCAGGAGCGGUAGCAGCCAUGUCUAGCAUCACGUUCCCAGCCGUCAGUGCCAUCGUGUCCCGCAACGCAGACCCUGACCAGCAGGGUGUCGUCCAGGGGGUGAUAACAGGUAUCCGUGGUCUGUGUAACGGGCUCGGCCCGGCCUUCUAUGGCUUUAUAUUCUACCUGUUCCAUGUGGAGCUGACUGAUCUGGACGCUGUAGACAGCCCUGGCAAAGAACCCAAACCUAACAUGGCCAACCCUGCUGAUGAGAGUUCCAUCAUCCCUGGCCCUCCCUUCCUGUUCGGGGCGUGCUCCGUACUGCUGUCUCUGUUAGUAGCCCUGUUCAUCCCAGAGCACAGUGGCCCGGGCGUCCGGCCGGGAGGCUACAAGAAACACAACAACGGGACCCAGAGCCACUCACACAGCCCUCCCAGUAGUGGGGCCGAGGGCAAGGAGCUGCUACUGGAUGGCAGCUGUGUAUAACACCAGCCUGGGGGCACAAACUCCACACUUGCUCCCCCUGAGCCCAAACAAGUGAACCAUUACUUUCACACAUGUACCCAGAUGAGUGACCUCUUCUUCGGGCAGGGAAGAUGCAUGUGUGUGUGUCUGAAUACCUAGUGGGCUGUGGUUUAUCUGAAGCAGCUGAGUUGUGUGUGUGUGUGAGUGAGAGAGACUCUCUUGGUUGAGCUGAUCUCUGCCCUGAGAGUCUUGACAAGCAGGAAGAGGAUAAAGGAGGUGGGGAUGUAGAGUUCGUGCCAGAGGACUAUGCACACUCAUCUGUCCCACAUGGGCAGGGUCUGGUUGGAGUGAAGGUCCAAGGUUAUCUGAACUGUUACUAAGCUCUGUGUGAUGUAUUUGUCCAAAAUGGCACCCUAGUCCCUAUAUAGUGCACUUCUUUUGACCAGGGCCCACUAGGGAAUAGGGUACCGUUUGUGAUGCAACCAAUGUAGCCAAGCAACCCACUCUGACAACAACUGUUCUUUCCCUUAGAGAUUGAGUCAACAACACAGUUCUGCUGGCCAGUUUACAAGCUACCAAACUUCUGUUGUGACUGAUUUUAUUGUCUUAAUAUGGCAGAUGAGAAAGCAGGUCUUCCUCUGUGUGUCCAAAGCAGGGAGAGAAGUUACUGUAUGCCUCCAAAAUGGCCCCUAUUCCCUUUAUAGUGCACUACCUUUGACCAGCCUCUGGUGCACUAUAAAGGGAAAUAGGGUGCAAUUUGGGAGGCAAACACUGUAGAACUUGAGGAGAGCCUCUGAAGAUCCAUCUAAGAACCACUACCCAUCCAGAUGGGGACAGCACAAUAGACAUCAACCUUAAUAAUGAUUUUUCCAGAGGUUCAAGUCCCUAACAUUUGACUGACCAACCUCCCAUUCCAUUGAAUAUCACAUUUAACUGAGUUGUGUGUAAACCACUUUUAGUUUUUCAAUGUUUACCUUCCUGUCGUCUGUUCCGUUAGAUUAGCAGACAGUACACGACCUUUUGGGUUGGAUAUGUUUCCUGUGUUCAUCACACACUUAAGGCUAGUUGUGUUUGAAGUUUUUAUUCCAGAGAAAUGUUGCCUUGGAAGUGACUUUGUCUUCAUAUUAAUAUAUUACAACAACCUGUAUGAAGACUGUUGUCUGACUGUCUGAGGUGGGUCUGUAAUUGUUGCUUUCGCUGCUAUUGGAGCCUUGUUCUCUAAUUCUACUCCUCACAACCCUCUUCGAUGUGAGUCUAGGCACAACCGUAGUUAACACACAGACUGGCAUGACUUUAGUUCUGUUAACAACUGUAGUUAAAACAGACUGGCAUGACUUUAGUUCUGUUAACAACUGUAGUUAACACACACUGGCAUGACUUUAGUUCUGUUAACAACUGUAGUUAACACACACUGGCAUGACUUUAGUUCUGUUAACAACUGUAGUUAACACACAGACUGGCAUGACUUUAGUUCUGUUAACAACUUUCCCAUAGACGGUUUCUGGUUCUUUAUUCACAAAGUGUCUUGAGUGCUGAUCUAGGAUCAGUGUUGCCUUUUGGAUCAUAGUGGAUAUGAUUUAUAUGGUCGGGGGACAUCCUGAGCCAAGAUCAGCAUUCCUACUGUAAGAUACUUGGUGAAUAAGUUUCCUGAUCUGUAAUGUUUAUCAAUGUGAGCACUGAUAUAGUUAAUAAAACGGUCUGUAGUAAUAUUACGUUCAGUAAAAAUGUAUAUCAUUUGUUCUGCGGUAGGAUAGUAGGUUUAAAUAUUGUGUGGCAUUAGACAAGGCUGCAAAUGUGGUUUUAGCUCCCGUGUCUGUCCGUCUUUGACUGCAAAGGUGUUGCAGAUACUACUGUAAAUCUUUGCUGUUGUACUUUUGAAACAAUAGAUUUGUUGUUGUUGUAAAUGAGCCUCAAGUGCAUUGAAAUAACCAAAUAGAACUGAUUGAUGUCAAAAUGUUGGACAUUUUCAGAAUUUCUAUUUAGUCAAAUUAUUAACUGUUUUGUGCCAAUAUUUAAAAAUAAUAAAAAACUCAAAGGGGU